AUGAAAAAGGUCGAAAGAUGCUUGGACAGCCUAAAACCCGGCGUCUACAUAACGCACUGGAAGGAGCAUGGAAAGCACUCAAAAAUUGGGCACACCGAGCUGCGGAAGCGAGGAGCAGCCUCGGACCAUAUUUUUGGGCCCAUAACCCUGACCGAAAUUUGCUUGGGCAUCCUGGCGUCCGUGGCGACAUUUGGGGAUUUUAUGCAGCAUUAUGGUGAUUUGUUACAGCAAGAGCCAAGGGUUAGGAUGGUGCCAUGGAACGCUCAAGAAGUCGGGGCCUAUCAUCCCCAGCAAUCCGGUUAUUACGUGGUGCGCAAUUUUUUGGAAUGGUACGGUCUGGGCGGAUCGUACGGAGUAUAUGCAGGUAACAAUCCGACC